UAUCGCAAGCAACUCUGUACCAGAUAUUUAUAUUAACUGUACAAAACAACUUCAAAACAAAAUGGCUUUAUUUUUUAAGACAUCAAUUUUAUUCGCAAUUUGUUCGAGCGCGCUAUCAAAUCACCCUUCUUCCGGAUACUCAUAUAACCGCUUCAGUGGUCCAGUUAGCGGCAAAAUUAUUGAAGUGCAAGUUCCGGCAGCGCAUGGGUUGCCAGCUCAACAACAUGCGGACUAUGGAUAUGAUCACCAGACGGGCAAGAUCAACCCAGAAACAGCUAAAUAUGAUCGACUGAAGACCGUGGACUAUGUGGCUAGACCAGACUAUCAUUACGCGUAUGGAGUGGAAGACCCACAUACGGGCAACCAACAGAACCAUAAAGAAUUCAGAGACGGUGACGUGGUGCACGGCGAAUACUCUCUUGUUGAGCCUGACGGUUCCUUGAGAUUAGUGAAAUAUACUGCUGAUCCUAAAAACGGCUUUCAAGCAACAGUCCACAAGCAACAAGCGGCGCAUCCGGUGCCGCAACCCGCCCAAUAUCAAAAAAGAGAAGAUGACAACAAUGACUAUUAAUUAGUUCACAAAUUAUAGUACCUCGGGAUUUAUCGUUAGUGGAUAGUUAUAUUUAUUUAAUUGUUAAAUAAAAAUUAUGAAA